CUCUGCCUCCGAUUAUUGACUUUAACCAUGCGCAGGCGGAAUCAUGUCCACGUCCCACUUUCAGAGGAAAAGAAGAAAAUAAGACUUGUGCAAGAAUCGGUUUGAUGUUCAUGUUCCACAUGAAGGAGGCUAAGGUUGGGGGAUGUGCAUGUGUCUUGGUUUUGCUGUUUUCUGGACUUGUAACCUGUUCUGGUGUGCUUGGGAGCCCUCUGACUGAUGAUGUGGCCACAUUGAAAACACUGAGAGAAAACAUUCCAGAUGAUUAUGAAAUUCCUGUACAUUACAUUUCCAAAGAUGUGGGUGGGGCUUGCUGGCUUCUUCUGAACCUGUACCCUGUAGAGAGCAGUUUAAAGACGUUAGCCCUCAGGUUUGGCAACCUCUCCUCCAACAGAGAAAACAUCACCAUCUUCAUCACCAUGCUGCAGGGACUACGCAUCACCGUUGACAGCGAAGAGCUGGAUGCAGCGAUGCAGGUCUUUAAGUGCCAUUACCAGAGUGGCAAGUGGUCGACCAGACGCUAUUUCGACCACGUGGAAGAGGUCCUCAAAGCGUCCACCUCCACUCCUCACCAAUUUCACUGCACCCCUCCACCCUGUGAUGUCACGCCAGCCCCACCCAGAACACCAGGACAGGGCAAGCAGAAGCGUUUGAUUGACAGUGCGAUCCCCAGCCUCCUGGCGCUGCUCAUCAUCCCCUGUGUUGCCACACUGGCGCUUGCCCUCCAAGCAGUUAAGAUCUCUCUCCCCGUCUCAUCCACUAGCCCACAAUUCCUCAAUCUUGCAGAUGCUCUGUCGAAGAACAAGCUCUGCAGGAAGGAGACAUGA